GGAGUGAAGAGACACACUGUUCUUCUGAAGUUUAACAACUUUUCUGCAUCAGGAUCAAAGUCAGAAUGAAAAUCCUCCAUUUUCUAUUUUUCUGCUUCUUUUCAGAUCCAGCUCGGCUCGUCAAGGCAAAACAUAAUAUCUGGUCUGCUGCUGAAAGAGCAAAUGGUACACUUAGCUGCAACUUAUUUUUGUCUGGAAGCACAAAGUUUUUCUGCAAGGAAAAAUGUGUGCGAGCAGAAGAUACCCUCAUUAAAACAGAUGGAAGCACAGCUCAGAGUGGGAGAUUCAGCAUUAAAUAUGAAGAUGGAGCUUCAGGAAGUGGAACUUUGCUUUUGUUCUUCACACACCUGAUCAAGUCUGACUCAGGAAUGUACAGGUGUGCUUUGGGAAGCUCUUCUGUUCCAGAUUCUUACUAUGACUUUGAGGUCAGAGUUUCAAAUGAUCUGGAUAAAAAUGCUGGUUUUUAUCGCACCGAAACUGAAGGAGAAAAGAUCACAAUGGCAUGUUCCAACAACACAUAUGGACACAGGAAGUUCUUAUGUAAGAAUCAGUGUAAGAAUGAAGGGGAGAUCCUCAUUGACACAACUAAUAACAAAUCUGUGAGUGGCAGAUAUGAAAUUGAAUACAGACCAGGAUCCAUGUAUGGACUGUAUAUGAACAUCAGAAAGCUGACCAAGUCAGACACAGGAUGGUACUUGUGUGGGUAUGGAAACCCUCUGUCUCCUGAUUCAUACGCCAGAGAAUAUGUUCUUGUCAUUGAUGAUACAAACCCAGUUAUUUCCACACCACAAGGAACAACACAGAGUGAAAGUGUCACUCCAGGAGUCUCUACACAUGGUCCUGACUCCUCCUGGCUUCUGGUUGUGCGUGUGUCCUUGGAUGGUGUUUUGCUGAUGGCUGUUUUCCUCAUGCUCUUCUACAUUAGUAAGACAAGGAGGAACUUUGGACUGAACACCAGAGAAAAUGACACAAACAUGGAGUUAUCUGUCGGGUAUGAGAACUGGGAUCCAGCCUCCAAACAUGAUGAGUCCAAAAGCAGCAGGACCAAACCUACUCUGUAUUAUUAAAGACCAAAAUGUAAAAAGUAAAAAUUAAAUUUGACCAUCUACUCCCCGGGGUUAUCUGCUCUUCGAGGUUUGUUCCAUUUUGAUAUUUUUGGACCUAUAUCUGAUAUUUCAUGAUCACCUCCCAUAUAAUUUGCAUCACUAGGCUUCAUUUUGUUCCUGUUAUUCAAAUGCAUACACAUAUUGACACAGUUAAUUACAGACAUGGAAAGUAACAAAGUUUUUCAUUUUUUUUAAAAUGUUUUCAUAAAGAACAGCUGAUGUACUAGGUUGACUCCUUUUCCACCAUCAUUUCAUUUUCAUAUUUUUUAACAUAUUUCUGUAAUUUCAUAAUCAGCUCUCAUAUAAUUUACUUCACUGUGUUCCUUGCUGUAUAAUAGCUGUAUUUAAAUGUAGCAUGUAAAACUGAUUCAAUGUUAUGAUAAAGAAGAACAUAGUCUCUGUUUUGCAGUAAGGUUUUUGCUUUCUUUGAAGUUAUUCUUCCCCAAAAUUAACUGUAACUGAAACAGGUUUUACACAUUUGGUUUUAUUUCAUACAUUUUUGUUUUUAUUUUCAUGUAUGUGCUUACUUAUGCAAUGUAUUUGAAACUACUAGCUUCUGUUAGAAGGUGCAGAAAAAUUAAACAU